UUUUGUAAUAUAUUUUUUCAAUUACACAAUAUGACCACCUGCACUUGAGGGUGUGUUUCAACAAUGUAUAAUUAUGGAUCAACCUGUUGCAUCGAAACCUGCACAUCUCAUAAUAACAGAUGGAUCUACUUGUCUAGUUUGCUUUGAGGAACUUACUCGCGAAAAUGGAGUAGCAUACAAAGUGAAUGAUGGUGAUGAUUUUUGGGCAUUAUCUACCUUUUGUAUUGAAUGCAUAAAGCAUCUACUUAAGACACAAUAUGAGAGAUACAUCGUUUCAAUUCGGACAACUACAUGUGCAAAAGAGCAGCGAUCACUUCUAGACAGAGGACCACCCAUCAAUAUAUCAGAUAGACUAGGAUUUCCCCUGGCUGAUAAUAAGGAAGUAUCUGAACUGUUUGAUAUGGGUAGGAAUUUAUCAAUAUCGGCAAAACUAGAAGGUAGCUUGAUUGGUGAGGAGAGGGAAAAGUUGUGGAAGGAACUUUCGGAAUUCCGAUUCAAAGAGGAUAAAGAAGAAUAAUCGGUUGCAUAAGCAUAAC